UCGAAUGAAGUUUUUUUACAGGGAUUUGUAUUAUCACCGCCCGCAGGAAAGCUGUCAGCGGGGUUCUUUCUUGUAUCAUGUUUUCCUCCAAUUUAUUGAAAUUUAGGUGAUUAUAUCACAUUGAAGAACAUGGAGGCAAGUACGAGUGGACAAGGUACUUCUAACCAACUUCUUGAUAUAAAAUGCAAGGUCUGCGAGAGGGAAUAUUCUGCCGAUGUUCAGCCACGAUUUCUACCAUGUCUGCACACGGUAUGCGCCCAGUGCUUGGCGAACGUGACCAACAACACCGCGCUUGCCAGCGGACAGGGGAGUCUUCCCGGUGUUGCAAUUGUUAUUGCAAAGUGCCCCAUUUGCAAAGAUGACAUCCGAAGUCGUGAUGAUAUCGUUGAAGACACAUGGACUGUUCCUGCAGUAACGGCUCAAAGCAAUGCUGGAGGGGAGAUGCUCUGUACAAACUGUGAUGAUAAUGUCCCUGCAUCACACUUCUGUGUAGAUUGCCAAGGUGGCCUAUGUGAGCCAUGUGUUGGGCUCCAUCGGAAGGUGAGGAUCUUGAAAGACCACAUCAUCCAGCCAAGGUCAGAGGAGAACAUGGCCCCUCGCGAGAAUCCUCGCAUCCAGCCUCCCUUCUGUAACAUUCAUCCAAAAGAAAGACUUCAGCUCUACUGUGAAAAGUGCUUCCGUCUAACAUGUCGAGAUUGCCAACUGGUUUCCCAUAAAGAACACCCGUACCAGUUUCUGACCGAAGCAGCAGCUGGUCAACGGCUGAAGCUGAGACGUGUCAUCCAGGAAUUACAGGAGAAGCGUAAGAAUGCCAAAAUGUGGAAGAGUACUAUACAGAUCAUCUUCAAGAAGAUGAAAGACCAGGAAGCAGCCGUACUAGGAAGGAUAGAUGAUGUCUUCACAAGGAUCAGAACUGUUCUUGAUAACCAAGCAACGGCCUUGAAGAAUAAGAUUCAGAAUGAUACAGAAUUGAAAUGCAGAGCAUUGAAACAACAGCUUGUAGAGGUGGGUACGGUAGAUUCAGCUUUGAGUCAAUGCCAUCGGGUCAUCCAUGGCAUCAUUACAAGUGAUAAUGAUGUCGCAGCCUUGCAGCAGAAUCGGCUGGUUAGGAAUCGGGUAGACCUUGUGCUACGGACCCUACUGACCCGACAGCCUGUGACAGAACUGGCGCUUCAGUUCAAACCAACAAACAUUCCAAGUAUGGACGCCUUCAAGAGAAUUGGAUCUAUAGAGGGCAUGGAAACCAAAGUGGUCCUCGGAUCGCAGAACCAACAGCAGAUGAGACAGAACCAAGGGUUCCCUCAUAACAUGCAACAAGGCAUGGCAAUGAACAGAGCUGCGUUGGCGCAACAGCAAGCGCAACAGCAGGCACAGCAGCAGGCUCAAAUGCAGCAGCAAAUGCAGCAACAAGCUAUAAAUCAUUCGCAGUUUGGAGCAAGGCCGAUGGGGGUCAACCGAACAACGGUCCGUGCCCCUCUUGUACAUGUCCCACGCACACAUCAAGCUCAGCAACCACAAACAGUGAGACCAGUCAUGCAGACCAAUAUCUUGCCAGUGUUGACCAACCAGCAAAACAACCAGCUUCCGCAUGGGCUUCCCACCGCCCUCCAGCCUGUCAUUAACACAGGCCCUCCGAACGUAACCGUCAGCAGUGCGAUGACAUUUGGAGACCUCACCACGGCUCAAAUGAUGCUGUUUAAUAAAUCAAAACAAAUGAACUCUCAACAGGGUGUUCCUUCCAGAUCACCUCAACUAUCCACCACAUCACCCUCUUCUGUCAGCCCGGGAGUUGCCACGUCUGUACGGAGUACCAACUCUGCUUCCCCAUCAUCCGUGAUCGCACCUGCUGACGACAAUUCAGGUCCGAGGAUUGUCAGCGUCAAGAGUGAAAGGAGAUUGUCAAAGAGUGAUUCCGAACGACCCAGCUGCCGCUUCCAGAAUGGUCUCCAGGAUAACCAACCUUCUUCAUCAGGUCUUGAGAUGCAGGGAAGUGAUAAAACAAGUCCCGCACUUGAUGUCCAUUCUGGUGGAGAGACUAGUACACCUGAUCAGCAGACGGGCAAGACCCCACCACUCUCCUCAUCCAAAAGUCCUGCAGCAGCGGAAGACGUCCUUGGCAUUGACCUCCCCGUCCCGAUGAACGCUGCAGACAUCAUUGGAGACAUCAUGGAUGAGGUAGCUAACAUAGAGGCAAUGGAGAGAGAACAGUCUGCAGACAAGUCAGAUACUGCUGCUUCCAAGGAGAAUGCAAUGGAGGAAGCAUCUGGAUCAGGAGCCGAGGGCAGUGGAGAUAACCCAGGAUCCGUUGCUGAUACUGCAGUAAUCGUUGUAGAAGCUCCUGGAGAUGCAGGAUCCGUAGUAACCAAAGCUCCAGGAAGUGAAGAUGGUGACAGAGAAAAGGAGAGGCAAAGUGGAAUACAAACUUUUCUAAAUGAGAUGGAUGACAUCAUGCAUGAAGCGACAAAAGAAAGCAUAGUAGCUUUCUGGAAAGGUGAUGUCAGUUGGGAGGAGCGUGAUGACCAUGGUAAGCCCAAGAGACAGGUUGUUGUCGGGAGUCUGUUCAGAAUGACAAGUAAGAGAUACAGUCGAGAAGGAUGGCCCAGUAAACUACACAUCAAAAUGAUGAAUUCUGGAAUGCUGAAACCUCUGAUUGAACUCAUGAGAGAUCAUCAACUCUUCUUCCUUAAAUGUGAUCCAGAAUGUAAAGAACUAUACCGAAAAUUGGUUGCUAUCUUCAAGAACAAAGAUGUGUUUGGUGCUAUUAGGUUGUAUUCCAAGCCAGAAAUCAUUCUUUUACUCUUCUACUCUCACAAACAUCAAAAGUUCUACAUCGUAUGUCCCCAACAGAGGGAGCAAUUCUCUAUCGGCUUCGUCAAAACCAUGAACAAGUAUUUCAAGAGAGAGAAACCAAACCAAGAUUCUUCCACUGCAAGUACAACAGAUGUUGACCCAGUCACAGGCGAAACAGCGCCCUCGUCUGGAGAGAAACGACCAAACGACGAGGUAGCCCAGGGUACUAGCGAGCCGGAGGCAGAGAAGGAUGCCGAGGAGAGCAUGGAACCUAUACCGUCAUGGAAACAAGGUUAUAAGUUACGUAACGGUAUGCAGUGCUCACGAUCCGAUGACCCCAACGAUGAUUGGUGUGCUGUAUGUAAUAAUGGUGGUAAUUUGAUCUGCUGCGAUCGUUGUCCACGUGUAUACCAUCCUGACUGCCAUGUUCCAGUGAUAAAUGAAGUUCCAGAGGGUCCUUUCAACUGUACUUUGUGUUUUGAUGUCGUAGCAGAUGAGGACGAGGAAAGCAAUGAUGAAAACGCUGAAAAGUUAGAAGGAUUUACAGCGAGAGAAUACAAGUUAUGUCAAAGGUUACUGAUUGAGAUGUACUGUCUGGAGGACUCCCAACCAUUUUUAGAACCUGUUGGACCAGAGGUACUUGGAUACCAUGAACUGAUUGCAAUACCAAUGGAUUUAUCAACCAUAAAGAACAAACUCAGUCUAACUUCAGAUGAUAAAUACACCUCACCAAGACAGAUGGUUGAAGACCUUCGUGUCAUGUUCACCAAUUGUUAUCAGUAUAAUGGGGAGACGUCAGAUUUGGGCAAGAUAGCCCAGCAUCUACAGCGGUACGCUUCCCGCUUCAUGAAGCGAUACCUGUCAGACUACAUGGACUCCAACUUUGUACCCAACAACCAGGAUCGGCCGACCAAGCGAAGAAAACAGGAACAUCCCACUCCAGUAUUUCAUAUCAGAUAAAUGCUUCCAACAAGGUUGUAAUGAUGUCAUCAAGCACCUUGUAUCUACCCAGCAGAGUCUUCAAAGCACUAGUCGUGACCCUGGCUGUAGUCCAGUCGUUCAUUUGAAGAAUGAGUAUCCCUGCCAAGUACCAAUCUGCCUAAGCAUUUGCCAAACCUGGGUGUAGUGCAGGAGAAUUGUGGAUGAUGUCUGCCUCACGAUGGUGUUGGACGUUGGUCCUGCUGAUGACGUAAGGGUUACCUUAUAGGAAUGAUGUUAGGCAAUGAAAAGAGGAUUGCGAGUCUGCGGACAUCUGGAGCUAAUUCUUUGCUCCAGGAAUUCCCUUUCCCAUUAGAUUAGUAAAGGACUGUUUCCUGUAGUAGGUUGAGAUGUGGAUUCAUCAGUUGUGCAUUCCUGUGGGUUGUGAGUCGUUGGAAGCAUGAAAUAUAUCAAUGUAGACUGUAAAGUGUGGUGGUGUUGACUAGGCUAGGCUACUGAAGACAAAUGGAUCAAAGCUAAUAAGCUGAUCAUGUAAGAACCCACACGUAUCUUCUUUAGCUUGUUAAAGAAUGGACAGUAUCUGGACUCCUGCUGUUUGCCCAUUAGGAUCAACAAGGACCAUCUAAUAAUCAUGGAGGGAGCAUGGGAUAGUCUGUAUGGUUAAUACCUCAGAUGGCUGGUAAUAAUAUAUAUUACUUUUAAUGUGCCAGAUCCACUCUGUAGAGUUCCCAAGGUGUAGUAGGUUUCACGGUACACCAUGUAUCUUUCUUGGGCAAGUGUUGGUCCUGAAAAGGACCACCCAAUCUUGACAUUUGGACAAGUGUGUUCUUGUCGUCUUCAGAAGAAUGAGCAAAGUUUGUAAAAGCAAGGCACGAGGCAAUCUGAGCCAACAGGUUCUGUAUUGACAAGGGGUUAAUCUCAAACUGUCAAGGAGGACGGUGAAGGAGCAUGGGUUGUUCUCUGUGGAUGACUGAUCAGAUCAAGCCACACCUAGUAGGUCCUGAGGCAGUGCUUUCCCUGGACUGUCUGUGUUAUGCUGCAUAGGCAAGGAAGCAUCUCCUUCAAAGGAGGUAUUAUCACAUCCAUCCUGUCAGCUACCCUGAUGGGGUAUCUCCUGCCAAACUAGAAAAGCCAUUGACUAUAGUAAUGUUAUUCUGUAUUAUUCUGCUUUUAUCAGGUGGUUUUACAGAUUACACAGUCAUCGGAUAUUGGUUUGCCACAUGAAUUGUGCUUCAUAUGCUUCUGGGCAGAUGUUUCACAAUGCUUCAAAAAAAAAGAGUUACAAAAAAGAGUUGCCUGUGAAACAUAUUGGACACAAAUACACGUAAAAUACUGCAAAGUCCCUAGUAACUCUACCAAGAAUUGAAAACACAUUUUUGCUUCUUGUAUCUUAGAAACUUGGUUACUUGUCUGUAUUAAGUCUAGCAAUGUCAUUGCAACAGUGAGUUAAAAAAAACCUUCUAAUUGUACUUUACAUCCUAAUGUUUAGAGCGUUGCUUGUAAGAUGAGAAACCCAGCAAAGAGUGCAAGAGAACUUUUUAACACUGAAUUUGAUAUUUUGUUCUAUUUGUAUGCUGAUAGGGCAUGUGUUACUGGUUCACUGACAUGUAACAUUAAAGCAUGAUAUUUAAUUCUGGCAUGUUUCAAGCUGUUGUUUAAAAUCAUGGGUU